AGCGAAUGUGGCCGGACUGUUAAAGGUUUAAUGGGCACGUAAACAAACUUAGCUUAGCAAGAGACGAGCGAUUAGCGAAGCGACGGAGGACGAUGGAUAAAGCUGUACUCUUAAGCCCGAACAUGAUUUAACUUAAGCGAGGUCGUUUUCGAAAACUGGUAGCUAACAGGUCUAGAUAUAUUUGGUCUCUGUUGUGUUUGCUACCAAAAUAGCUAGCUACCUAGCGUUAGCUGUAGCUUCGAUUUGAACAAAGGCUGCUGUUGACUGACUGCGCUGGUUGUCUUGUUAUGUUGCAGCAUUAACCUGUUUUUAGGCCAUUUAUUAGUCCCAGAUUUCUUAUGUAUAGAGCUCUGAUUGUCAUAUAGUUAGCGUUAGUUAGCUAACGCUAGCUACACAACCGGUGGAGGUUAAAAUUAAGCUUAGAACGAUUGCUACGUAGCCAACUGGCUAAUAUCCUGUUUAAAUAGCUUGCGAACUGGAGGCAGUUUAAGCCACAUCUGCAUUUCUUUCUUGAGAUCUGCAGUAGUUGCACGUGUAUUUUAGGCUUCCGUUGGGUUUAGUGAUUAACUGGAAUAAGUAAACAACAGUUUAUUUGUAGUGUUAAGUAACCUAACGGUGUGUCGCGGCAGUAAAUUGUACAAAAGAGCACACGUUUAGAAAAAGCUGCAUAAUGUCUACUUCCAAUUUUAAGAAUAAAUGCGUUACUCAGGUGAACUGCAUAUACUGCGAUAGUCUCCUCUGUACGAGAGGUAUGAAAGCUGUGCUUUUAGCUGAUACAGAAAUCGAGCUGUUCUCAACUGACAUGCCCCCAAACAGGACUGUUGACUUUGUUGCCGGUUGCUAUUCCACAGAAAGCUGCAAAUGCAAGUUAAGAGACAUUGCCUGCCUAAAAUGUGGAAAUGUUGUGGGGUAUCACGUGGUGGCUCCAUGUAAGCCCUGCCUCCUCUCCUGUAACAAUGGGCAUUUCUGGAUGUUCAACAGUGAAGCUGUAUCAACCAUCAAUCGGCUUGAUGCAUCAGGACUGAAUCUACUGCUGUGGGGUGAUCUGCCAGAGUUGGAAGGCAGUGAAGAUGAGAGCCCAGAUAGCCUUUCAGACGAGGAGUACCUCAGAUGAGGAGACAUAGCACUGGAAAUUUUUAGGAGACACUCGGCUCCCAAGAGUCUCCGUUUGAAGCAAAUUCCUGCAUAGACUCGGAAAAAAUGUACACACAGCAAAGAAAAGUAACAAAGAAACCUUCCAGCAUUUUUUGCUCUAUGAAUCUGUCUUAUGAUUGCAGCCUCAGCAGCAGUUUGGUAGCAUAAAAGUAUGCAUUUGAGUGUAUUUUUAUUACAGCAGCUUAGGAUGAGUAUCAUUUUCAUAAUACAUGAACCACAGGCACGUGAGGUAAUUUUGUUGCCAUUUGCCUGUGACAUCUGCUCAGUUUAGCUUGUACAUUUGUGGUGGGGAGAGGAUAUAAAAAAAAAAAAGAAGAAACAACGGUACGUUAACAUGGGUAUAUAAGCAAGUGCUAUGGUGACAGUAUUCUUGUUAGACAGAUGUCAAAUAUUUAUUUAUUUAUUUAUUUUAUUCUCGGGGGAUGGACUGCACACUUGAGAUAUAGAAUAUGUGAGUAAGAUUUUCGAUUGACAGCAGCCUCUUGCGUAUUGCUGUGGUCAUGAAGAUUUCCUAUCUCCAUUUUAUCCCCUCCUUUUUCUUUAUGAAGGUUGAUUUUCAAGUCUUCUGAUUUCUGUAAUAACCUAACCCACUUAAUGUUUUGUUAUGAUUUGAGUGGAAAACUGUUGGACACAGGAGUUGACAUGAAACCGCCACAUUCUGAACGGUGUAUGUGUGAAUUUAAGCAUAAACCAAUAGUACUGUGUGAUUAGCUUUAGCUGGACGACAGUCCGCGUUAUACCACAUUCACCGUGUUGAAUGGCACAAGACAUGUUUUACUUAUGAUAUUGGUUCAUUUUUACAAUGUUUGGGAAGUUGAAGUGGCACUGGUCAUACGUUUAAUUCAUACAUGCGGAGUACCACUGGGGACACAUUACGUUUUACUAUCUGCAGUGAAUGGCUCAGCUUGCUUUUGAAGAAUGCUGAUAUUUAAUGUUGCUUCAUUGCAGGUUUUAUAUGUAAUGGCGAUGUAUACUGCUUAAUACAAUAAUCUGUACUAUUCAAAACAGCCAAUCAAGACCUUACAAGGUUUAAUAAUGUGCACUGACAUACAAUUUGAACGGUUAUUUCCAAAGAUUAGGCAAUUGCUUAGUUUUCUGAGGACACUGUGGCUCUAUUGAGGGUUUAUAAAAGAAAAGGCAGCACAGAAAGUACAUUGUUACUAUCUUACGAUGCUCCAAGUACAUUCCAGUGUAUGUUAAUACAUUUUUUAAGGGUUUGGGGGGGGCAGGGGUUUGUCACAAGGACAAUCAUUAGACUGACAAGAAGAGAAGAAUAAGAAGGCACAUAACUGUCAUACGCAAAAAUACACUGUGUAAAAUUGCAUCCAAAGUGCAUUUAGGCGUCGCAAUGUUUUUUUUUUUACCCCAUUUUUUUUGUGUAAAAAUUGAUAUUUCAUUUAGCAAAAAUGGUUUACAGUUGCUGUCUAAUUGUUUAUUAACAAUUAUGUCUAUUUGCUUUUUACCAUUUCACUGUGUAAUACCACACCUACUCAAAAGUUUAGAAAUUUUAAAUAUUUUGUUUAAAGAUGUUUCAAUAUCACCACAGUAUUUAUAAAAAUAUAAGAAACUUUUUAUUUUGGUCAAUACAAUGACAAUAGAACGUACACUGACCAUUGUUGUAUAUUGGCUUGUGGAAUUGUAGCAAUUUUUCUGGCUUGAAUGAUUUUCAUGAAGAUAUGACCAAAAUGAAAAGAGAGAAAAACGUAUUUUUUAACUUAUUAACAGAAGUUGAUUAUUUGUUGUAAUUUAUCAACAUUUUGAAUGUAUGUAUUUAUUAAUGAACGUGAAACUGUAUUUAUACUUGGAUAACUUCUCUUGCACCAUUGGAAGACUGUAAAAGAGUUUGUAAUUCUUUGAAUUUGCACUGGAAAUGUGUCGUUGGUUUGAGAAUUGGGUUUUUUGUAUGCUUGCUGUCUUGGUAUUAAACAUUUUUAAUGUGAA